CACAUGUUAAAGACCCUGACCCUCGAGUUCCCUCAUCAUUAAGCUGGUUUUUUGUUUCCAUCCCAAAGAAAUCUUGAGUGAUGGCUGCAAGUCUUUGAAGAAUUCAUUUUUGUCUUUCCUGGUUGAUAUAUGUUAGGUUUUCUUUGAAGGGAUGGCGACCAAAACCUGCUGCUCGAGAAAGGGGAAGCGGGCUGCCAAGUCCCAAACGCAGGCUGAGCAAGUGAUUCCAGGGAUUGAUAUGAAUUGUGCUGAGGCAGCCGCCGCCGAGAGCUACAUAAGUGCUGAGACUUUUCAAUGCGCACAACAGAACGUGCAAUUAUCUGGGAAUUCCAGCUGCAUUAGUCUAAACUCCUCAUUGGUGAAAAGUGUUCCCCGUAACAAAAGAUCAAAAAGGGGUGAUGUAAACAAGAAAGGUCUGGAUGUAGCAAAUGAGCUUGAACUAAAUACCCAGUUAUUAAAUGUUAAACCAAAAAAGUCGCGCGCGCGUAAAAAACGAAAGUGUAAGGACAUCCAUGACCCAAGCGAUGAUGAAGUUAUCUCGCAGAGAUCUCUGCACUGGCGUGGACAAUCAAGGAGAAGGUGUGAAAGCAGUGCUCUUGGAAAGUUAGACUCGGUUACCUUUGAGCUUUAUCGGGAGAAAAUAUGGAGGGCUUUUCCUGAAGAGAAGAGAAGUUCGUUUACAUGCCUUGACUCCCUAUGGUAUCACUUAUACACAGAUAGAACCAGUAAAGCUAAGGUGUUGGAUUGGAUCAAGAAGGAAGAGAUCUUCUCCAAAAAAUAUGUCUUUGUUCCUAUUGUUCGGUGGGGUCAUUGGUGUCUAUUGAUCAUGUGCAACAUGGGCAAAAGUUUUGAGUCAGAAUCUGAAACUCCUUGUUUGCUACUGCUUGACUCCAUGCAAGCUGCACACGCCAAACAACUAGAAUCCGGGAUAAGAAAAUUUGUUUCUGAUCUUUAUAGCGCGGGAGAGAAAACAGUACCAACAAAAAUGAUAAAAAAGAUCCCUUUUCGAAUUCCCAAGGUUCCACAACAAAGAAACGGUGAGGAGUGUGGGUACUAUGUUUUGUACUUCAUCCAUCUUUUCUUAGGACAUGCUCCCGAUAACUUUAGUCUGGCUGAGGGCUACCCUUACUUUAUGAAGAAUGACUGGUUUAGCCCCGAGGAAUUGGAUGCCUUUUCCAAACAACUAGAAUCUUCAAGCAAGGAGGAAUCUUCUGAUGCUGACAAAUCUUCCUCAGAUUCUGAACCUAUCGAGUUAUCAGUAUUCAAACAUGAAAAAGUGAUUGAGUUUGAGGAUAAUUAAGCUGCCCACUUGGAUCAAACUUUGUUGGCAUCAUAGGGAGUGUUUGGUUAAGGUUUAUACCUUUGAUUAUUUUUGUCUCCUUGGAAGGGAAUGAAAGAUUGGGAAAAUUUGUAACCACCUAAAUGCAUUUUCUUCAUCUUUUUUUUAAUGCUAGUUUUUUUCAAGGGGAGCUUGGGUUAGGCUUGUAGGAUUAUGGUAUCUCCUUGCAAGGGAAUGUAUGAUUGUUAAAAUUUGUAAUUUUACCAAGUAUAUUUUGAUUAUUUGUGUGAAUGUGACAAACUUUAUUGUAUAUCCGGUUGUAUCUAUUUUGUUCUGGACAUUCUAUGAGCAUUAUGUAACCCAUAAAAAAAUAUGCAUUUG